AUGUACUGCCAUUCUUCAGUACAUGUUUCCACUGAUAUAGACCCGAUCAUUCAGACUGAAACAUGUACUUCCAUUCUUCAAGGUAUGAAAAUCCCAGUGAAAAAGAAAGAUAGGGGAUUGGUUACUACUCCUUGCACUAUUGAUGAUAGAAAAUUCAAAAAGGCUCUGAUUGACUUAGGAGCAAGUGUGAGUUUGAUGCCACUAUCCAUCUACAAGAAAUCAGGCAUUGGCACCGUUCAAGAUACUCGGAUGACACUUCAGUUUGCUGAUCGCUCUAUUAGGCGACCAUAUGGGAUAAUGGAAGAUGUUCUGGUAAAGAUUAACAGGUUCGUUUUCCCAGUUGACUUCGUCAUUCUGGAAAUGCUCGAAGACGAGGAUAUUCCUCUCAUAUUGGGCAGACCAUUUUUAGAGACAGGACGAUGCAUGAUAGACAUAGAGGAAGGAACGAUGACCCUCAAAGUCUAUGAUGAAGAGCUAAAGAUUGAUGUGCAUAACACAAUGCAAUACAAAGAUGAUAUUGGCACAAGACACACUGUAGAGAUAAUAGAUCGGGUAAUUGCUCAAGAAAUUAAAAAGAAAAUGCCCCAAUCACCAUUAGAACGUGUUUUGAGUCUAUCAAUUUUCGAAAGUGAUGAAGAUGAGGGUAAUUCUGAAGUGCUCACUAUGAUGAAAAAAUAA